AUAACAACCUGGGCGGGCUUAUACAUUUAAAUAAAUUUCUUUUCAAAUUUUUAGUUUAUUCUGUGAUUAAGUGUCGACAGGAUGACAUCACAAGUGGUCGCUGUUGCCGAGUUUGAUCCUUCAAGCUACGAUCCCACCGAGGUAAUACAUGCUGUUAUCGUAGCAUUCAAAAUUUGCGGACUAUGGCCAAUCAAUUAUAAAUUUCGGAGUUUAUAUUUGAUCUACCGUUUCUUCUUUCAACUGUCGUUCACGUAUGCAUAUGUUGGAUUUAAGCUGCUCAACUUUUAUAUGAGAACACAUCUGGAUCUGGCAACAGUAAUCAUUUUCGAAAGUUUGGCUGAGAUAUCUGUGUGCCUUCGGGCAGCAAUUUUCAUUUUAAAUUUUGACGACAUUUUUGAUUUCCUGCGGCGAAUCAAAUUAUUUAAAUGUGAGAGUGAGGAUGAAGUGAAUAUUUACAAGAAACGGUUCGGGUUAUUUUCAAACGUUUUACGGUUCUAUUUUGGAUGUGCUUUUUUCGCAACAUUUUUCUCACUCUGCGCCCCAUUUUUUUCGGACAAACCAAUGUUAGCCUAUCCGGCUUAUUAUCCAUACUUGGAUUGGCAAAAUAAUCGGCACCAUUUUUGGAUCGCUUACACUUAUCAAUUAGUUGGCAUGUUAUUCAUGGCCCAUACAUUGAUUCUACUGGAAUCAUAUCACAUUUACUUAAUGGUUACUAUUGGUGCACAGCUGGAUAUACUAGCAGAAAGAUUUCGUAGAGUUGGCAAGAUGUAUUUAGAUCUACCACACGACGUACAACAGGAGAAAACGUUGGAGUUUUUCUUAGACAAUGUCAAAAACUUUGAGGAACUUUCCAGGUUUAUCGACAAAGUGGAGACCGUUUUCGACGUACAAUUUUUUUAUCAAUUCGUUUGUAGUGCGUUGGUGUUUUGUGUUACGGCUCUUCAAAUCCUUAGGAGUAACUUCUUGGAAGAAUACGUAUCGCUUUCGUUUUACGUUGCCUUUUCUGCUACAAUGAUGAACGAAAUAUUCCUACCAUGCUACUUUGGCAACGAGGUUACACUCAGGCGCGAACAAAUACCACAUGCCGUUUAUUCAUCGGAAUGGAUUCAUUUAUCAGAGAAAUUAAAGAAAAACAUGAUAAUCUUUUUGGAAGGACUAAAACGAGCUCGAAUUCUCAGAAGUGGAAAGAUCUUUACAUUGUCGUUGUUUAGCUUCUUGACGGUCAUCAACCGAUCUUAUAGCUUGUUCGCUGUGGCCCGAAAUUUUAUCAAAUAAAUACGUUGAAUCAGCAUGUAUAGAAUUGGACAAAGAUUUUCUUCAACAAUUUUAUUAUCGUCGUAAUUAUGUUGGAACACCCAUAUUGUUCACUUAUCUUACCAGGCACUGACUAUUUAAGUGAUUUAAGUUGAUGUUAUAAAUAAAAACUGAGUGUAUCAAUGUUGUGUUGAAUAAAUUAUGUAGCCGGCUGACACUCCAAUUUUUCCGGUGGGCGGUGAUUUUUUUUUAGUGUCCAUCGAUAUGAAUGAAAUGUGUUGACAGAUGGACAACGAAAA